CCUCUAGUCAAGAUUGUGGUGUGUAUCGCUUCUGCAUUAUCAGGGAAAGGAAACUGAAGCUGGCACUCUGUCACAGGCUUUCAAAACGGCUGGACCAACAUGAGCUAUGACAAACACAUCCUCUGGGCCUGCACCACUGCUCUGUUCACUUGUUUGGUACUGGCGUAUGAUAACGGGCAUUGCUCUGGGAUUGUCACGAAGCACUUAUGCAACUGGACUUGUAUGCAACUCACUCUUCAAUGGCCUGGGAGUUUCUGUAUAGAUCUUAACAACAAAACCAUUUGCAAAAUACCUGAGACUGUUCGCAACUGGACCAUCCAUGGCCUAUGGCCUAUGCGUACAGGUCACUGCUGUGACUGCUGGCCGGUAUUUCAUUCCCAUCUUCAGGAAAUCGAGCCUGAACUCACUCAGCUCUGGCCAUCAUUAAUCAAAGGAAAACACUUCUUCUUCUUCUGGAGGGAGGAAUGGAUUAAACACGGGACGUGUGCAGGCUGCGAUGAGACCAUGGGUUCACCACUUCUAUAUUUCCAAGCUGCAGUCAAGCUUCGGAAACUCUUUGACAUUGAUAGUGUCUUGGAAAGCUCUGGAAUCAAAACCUCAUGUAAUGUGUCAUAUAAGCAUGACGACAUCCGUGGCGCCCUGACCCCGCUGUUUGGAAACAACUUUGAUUUGCAAUGUGUGACAGACAGCGAUGGCCGUGAAGCAUGGAUUCAGCUGAAGAUCCAUCUCUUCAGGAACCAAACCCUUGGAUGCUCCAAACAAGAACAAGAGGAAGUGUUCAAUACAUUAGCGUCGUUUAACAGCCCAGGACAUCCCUGUCCGAAAAACACCACCAUUUUUUAUGUUCCAAUUAACUAUGAGAAGCCUCAUAAGCCCUGUAACUAAGAGAAGCUGUAGCUAUAGACUUUCACUGUUCUCACGUUUGACUGUCCUCUUUCAGUCCUCAGACCUGAUUCACUUAAAGAAAAAUGCUACAGUGCAUAAUUCCUAAAGUAUUCACACUUGGGGUAUUUUUCCCUCUCAAUAAAUAUGCAAAUUACAAGGGUUAAA